AAGGGCCCUUGAGUCAUCUGAAGGCUCGACCUUCCUUCGCCCUCACAAGAUUGAUGGUUGGUUGGAGCUCCAACGGAAGGGGGACCCAUUUGUUGCUUGCCAUGGCUACAUGCCUUGAUUGCGAUGACGGCGGUGCGCUAGACUUGCUGCAACGUCGAGGUCGCACUCUGAGCGAACCAACAAUUCCUGACCUGCCAGCAGAUGGCGGUUGGAAUUUCGAUGCAUACUUGACCAACACCCCAAGAGGAAUAUGGACGUCAUUCCUGGCAGUGGUUGCGGAAGCCAUCGCCCUUUCUUACAUCACUUCAGCUCCGGUGACGGCAGAUUUCCCAGAGAAAGCCAACGCCACAUUGAAUUGGACAGAGGGGUCUUGGGAUCGAGCCUUUGCGUUUGACAUGGAUCCCAUAAUCGGUGGCCCUAUUGCACGCGUUUUUGUGCAGAACAAGAGCCAACGUGUCGUCAUUGCUUUCAAAGGAGGCUGUGGCGAUCCCACCCUGGAACAGUGCAAGGUAGAUUUGUGCUAUGCCGAUGUGCGUGCACGUUCGUGGGGGAACGUAACGGACAUUGCAAGAGAAAUAAGGGCAGCGCAGUGUUCGAUAUAUUCAAGUUUGCUGGAUUUCACUACUCAAGCUGACAGGUUCGUUCGACGAGUGCAGAAGGCAUUCUGUGGGUACCAUAUCUUGUUGACAGGGCACUCAUUGGGAGGUAUGCUGGCGAUGGCGGUGGCAGCACAGCAGCCAGGAAUAUUGAAAGCUUUUACCAUCGGCGCAGAACCUUUCGACUAUGUGCUCACCCAUGAGAUGAACUUCACUGAAGAGCAGAUGUCUGCUGUGGCAAAGUCCAAUGACAUCGUGCUUGUGUGCGACCCUUUUGAUUGUGGGUUGCAAGUGGCUUUUAGUCCCACUGCCUAUGCAGGAGUCAAGACUUGUGCUUACCUUGAUGCACCGAUUCCUGAGGAGUGCGCAAGCUUCGUCCGUCCUUUCGCUGCUACUGGCUGGCAACAGGCGGCCUUUAGUCUUGAGAGCGAAUACUACCAGCACGGUUUCAAUUCUUCUCGUUUCAAUGAAACAAUAGCAUGCGAUACGCGUGCACACGAAUGGCUUCGAUAUCUAGACCCAGUACUAAAGGUGAGCUACCCCACCUGCUUCGUGUCUGACAGAGACAUGCAAGGCAUGAAAGUGCCAGAAUCAUAGGAGCUGUAGUUAUGCAAGCAAAGCCUUGUGAAUGGCCCUGUUGAAUUUUGCACGUGAAAACCAGUGCAAGCGCAGACUUGCAAGAAAUAUCAGAAGGCAGCGGUGUGCAGACAGGAAGCACCGAUACGUGAAGUUUGAAACGACACGUGAAGUGUCAGUCACGUCGCUGUUGUGCCAAAUGCCCUGCUCCUAAGCUUGCAGAAAUGAUGCACUGAGCUCCA